AUGAGGCAAAGCAAUGGGAAACCACCAUUACUCCCAAUGACUUAAGUUAUCAAAUAACAAAAGAAAGCUCUUCUCACUAAAAUGAAUGAUGACUUUAUGCAGCGCUACAAUAAAGAUUUUCGCUCCAAUCAAUUCCAAGAGCAAUAAUUAUUGAUGGAGAAGAAGAGAAGGGAAUAAGAGAAAAAACUUCUUUCAAUAUAAAUAGCUAACGAAGUCAAGAAAUUUGAAAAUGAAAUGCUUUAAUCGUAUGCAUUUAAAAAAGGCUUGGCUAGCAAUAACAUGGAUUCUGAAGCCAUUUCAGCACCUCAGAAGUAUUUACUGAAAAGGAAAAUAGAUCUGGAUAAGUCUGAAAUACAUUCCUAAAUUGUAGAUAAGGACAAGCACAGAUAGAGGAUGAAAGAAUAUUUGACAGAAGAUUCAGAGUAUGAGGAUGAGGCCGUGAUCAAACUUCAAAAUCAAAAGAUCAUUUAUGAUAUAGUGGCGAAUAAAAAGGAGGUCAUCAAAUAUCUUGUAGCUUAAAAGCUCAUUAAAUCUGAAAACAUAGAGAAAUUGAAUUAAUAACUUGAAACUGCAGGCGAUUCUAUCGAGUCUUUACUCCCGCUUGAUUAAUUUAUUACAUCUCACAAAGAAAUCGAGUUUUUCUUGUCUAAAUAUUUUGAAAGGUUGAAUCUGCAAAAGAAAAAAGAAUAUGAUGCUGAGAGAAAGGAAAGAGAUAGACUUAGAUAACUCAAACUACGAACUGCUUAAUAUUCCCGGUAUAAAAUUAUUAACGAAAGAUCUGUACACUCGAAGGAUUACCUUACAAUAGGUGAUAUUGCAGAAAAGGAUCCCCUUUACGUAAUUACUUCUCCUGAAGAAGAGGAAUUAUAUAAUUAUUACCAAGAAAUUCCUAUUGAUGCUGAGACAUUCGCUAAGCUUAAUGCAGCAGGCAAAACAUUCAUAUUGAAGUUUAUAAAGGAAAAUUGUCAGCCUAAAGUGCAAAUAUAGAAAAGGCAGUUUAAAAGAUCAAAAUCAAGACUCAAUUAAAAUGAUACUCCUUCAAUCGUCAACAGAGAUGAUCGAUAAUCUUCUGUCGGAAGUGAGAGUAAUACUCAUAGGACUAUUACAAGUAGAAGGUCUUAUAAAAGUAAUAAAUCUAAGAAAUCCGUGGAUGGAAAAGAUUCAUAAAGAGAUAUCAAUGAUCUAGUAACGGCCAUCGGGAGGAAAAAGAAUGAUGAAAAUAUAGUCAAUGUGAAAUGGAAGGGUCAUUCAGAUCCUUCUGAAGAAAAAGGUUUACUAAAUUAAAGGUACUUUAAGCCUCUGUACGAGUAUCCGAGAGAUGAGAAAAAGUAGAUCCACUAAUGGAUGGAUCAUUUGAAAAGCGGUAAAUUAGGAUUAGAUAAAUCACCUGAGGAUAAGAGAAAAAUAAAGGAGCUUAAAAAAUCAAUGAUUGAUAUACAUGAAAAUAUAACAAAGAAAAAGAACUAAGAAAUUAAUUCAAAUAGAAGGUCAUUAUAUCAAACUCCUACAAUUAAAUCAGAAACUCCUUUAAAACUACUAAAUUAAACUCCAAAAAUCGAGAACUCCACUACUACAAAAAAGAAAAAUAUUUAGGCUCCAACAAAGAAAGAACCUAAGAUUAUAACAAAGAAUAAAAUACCAGAAUCAAACCUAAUUAAGCUUAAUUUUCGCAGUAUUAAGACAAGUUAAUCUCCUUUGAGCAAGUUAAUUGAUAAAAAUGAACUCUGA